UUGCUGCAAGAGCUUUCAAUCUAGAAAUACUAAUUGCUAAUUGUUUCCCCCUGAUGAUCACAAUUAGUUACCAUAUAAGUAGAACUGUGUUUGAGACUUUGCACUGUUCAAAUAUGGAGCAGGAUAGACUCGUAGGGAGAGGAAACCUUCAUCGAAGAGGUGGUGGUGCUCCUCGACAGAGAGGUGGGCACAGACAAAGAGGAAGAGGUGGUGGUGUUCCUCGACAGAGAGGUAGUCUUCAGAGAAAUGUAGGCAGAAGACAACGCACCAUCAUCUCCAAUGAAGUCCGGGCCAUCAUUGUUGACCAUGUGGUUAACAGAGGCUUUACCAUGGCUGAGGCUGCCAGGUUGGUACAGCCUAAUUUACAAAGGUCAACUGUCAGCUCUAUCAUCAGAACUUUUCGCCAAGAAAACCGAAUUAACAGGAGACAACCUGGUGGUGGUCGCCCACGUGUUUUGACGGACCAGCAGGAGUUGGCUGUGGUGGAAAUGGUCAGGGCAAGGAAUGACAUAUGGCUGUCUGAAAUCAAACAGGCUAUUGAGAACAGCAAUGACCCCUUUGCCAAUGUGCCAUCAAUUAGCCUUCCAACGAUUGCCCGGCUUUUGAAGAAGCACCAGGUUUCCAUGAAACAAAUUUACUUGGUUCCUUUUGAAAGGAACAAUGUCCGGGUGAAACAACUGCGUUCAGAAUAUAUUCAGAGGGUGAUGGAGCUGGACGCUGCUGUGAAUCAUCACAAGUAUUUUUUUGUUGAUGAGGCCAGUUUCAAUCUGGCAAAAACUAGACACAGAGGACGUAACUUUAUUGGACAAAGUCCCUGGACAACGUGGGGGAAAUAUCUCAAUGUGUGCAGCUAUAUCUGAAGAUGGUGUGGUAGGCUGUAGACCAGUCCUAGGGUCAUACAACACUGAACACCUGAUAGUGUUUUGGUGUGUGUUUUUUUUUUUUUUUUUUUUUUUUUUUUGUUUUGUUUUGUUUGUUUGUUUUUUUUAAAUGAACUGGAGCAGGCCUGUCAGGGAGAAGACAUCGUCUAUGUUGUUGUGUGGGACAAUGUCAGCUUCCACCAUGCACAGCUGGUUCAGGAAUGGUUUCAAACACAUCCUUGCUUCAUGACCUUCUAUCUUCCACCAUAUUCCCCUUUCCUCAACCCAAUUGAGGAAUUCUUCUCUACAUGGAGGUGGAAGGUGUAUGAUCGCCAUCCCCAUGAGCAUGUCUCCCUCCUUCAAGCCAUGUGUGAAGCUUGUGGUGAUAUAACUGCUGAGCAAUGUCAAGCCUGGAUUCGUCAUGCCAGGAGAUUUUUCCCACGGUGCCUGAACAACGAAGACAUCCACUGUGAUGUUGAUGAAAAUUUAUGGCCCAAUGUUAAUGACCGGCUUGAUUAAUUGUGUAAAAGUGAUAAGAAUAAAAUAACAUAAAAAUAUAUUUUGCUUAUGUAAAU